CCUCCCCGCAUUGUCGCCACCCGCCCCGAGUGGCUCGCGGUGCUCCGGGCGCGCUCUGGGCGCUCGCCUUCCCUUCCUGGAGCUCCGCUCGGGGCUCCGCGCUCGCCGGGGACAUGGGGACACGCCCGGGCCACCCGCGCGUCCCCGGCCCUGUCCCCCGGCUGGUGGCCCUGCUCCUCGGCGUGGCAGGUGCUGUGGCCACCGAGCCCCGGCAGGUGAGCAGCGUCCUGGGGGAAUCCGUGGUGUUUUCUCUGGAUUUGUCCCACAACGGGACCGUGAAGAAGCUCGAGUGGACCUUUAGAGGUGACACCGGUGCCACCAUCCUCGUGGCCGAGGUCACUGCCGGUAAAUUCCACCGCCCCGACCCCGGGGACCGUUUUGGGGACAGGUUGGAGAUGAAUGAGACAGCGCUGAGGAUCAAGGUGCUGGAGAGGGGCGAUUGUGGGAUCUACCAAGCUCGGAUUCAGCUGUACCCGGCGCUGGUGGCGGAUCAAUCCUUCAACCUCUCCCUCUACGAGCCCCUGUCGGAGCCCGAGAUCCGAAUCCAGCGGCGAGCCCUCACCUCCCAGGAAUGCAACCUGACCGUGCGGUGCCAGGUGCCGGCGGGCAGCGGUGCCGAGGUCACCUGGCAGCCACGGGGACACCUCUGCGGGGACAGCCAGACCCUGUGCCUGUCCCUGCCUGCCACCGCCUCCAGCUCCAGCUACACCUGCGUGGCCGGGAAUGACAUCCAGAGGCGGACUGCCGCCAUCCACACGGGAAUUCUGUGCCGCCCGCAGGGUGACAGGGACGGGCUGAGGGUCCUGUUCUGCCUGGGGUUUGUGGCCCUGGGCGUGGGAGCGGCUGGAAUCGCCUGGAUCCGGAGGAGGAAAAGGAGGAAAAAGGCUGCGGGAAGUGGGCACGGCUCGGCUCGGGAUGGCCCCGACGGAGCCGCCCUCGCCCCCCGCCCCAGCCAGGACCCCUCCCCAGAGGUGGAGUACGCGCAAAUCCAGAGGAGGAUCCCGCGGGAACCGCAGGAGCGGGACAACCCCACAACCAUCUACAGCCUGCUGCAGGCGUGAGCUGGGCGGCUCCAGGACCCCGGACAGGAGCGGCCACUGCGGAGUGAGGGACACUGGUGUCACCCCCAGGAUGUCACCUCGUGUUCCCCAAUCCCACUUUUUGUAGGAUCGUUCCUGACUCCAAUAAAAAGCAGGGAAUGGUGAAA